AAUACCAUAUCAAUCCAUUCAAGUAUUCCACAAAUUUACAAUCUGAACUAGAGAGUUAUCCACAGAUCCAAAAAGAAGAUGUCGUCGAACCAAGAACUAAGCCUUAAGGCCGGAGAAGCCACCGGUCAAGUUCAGCUGAAGAAGGAAGAGUACUUGAACAAAGUAUCACACGCAAUGAAUGAGAAUGCAGAUCAUCACUCACACUCACACGCAGAACAUGAUCAGAAUAAUCCUUCCCUAAUUUCUCAGGCCUCCAAUGUCAUCCAACAGACAGGAGGACAAGUGAAGAAUAUGGCACAAGGAGCAGCGGACGCUGUGAAGAAUACUCUUGGAAUGAGUCCGGCCACUAACAACCCUAGCAACCAGGCCGGCACGACCCACCCGAGCAACCCUAGCUCUAAAAAUCUUUAAAAAGAGUUGCUUAAGAAAACGUUGGCCUGAUCUUUUCAACAUACACAAAACCUUAUUCUCAGUGUUUUGUUUGCUCUAUUUAUUAUCUGAUUUUUUUUUUGUAUUUUUGUUAUUUCUGUUUUUUUUUUUGAACAUUUUUUUGUUAUUUAUGUUGAGACAUUAUUACGUGUCUCACUCAUCAUAACCCUUAGUAAGGGCUUUAUUUAUCUUAUGAAUGAUCGUAAAAUAAUAUCAUCUUUUCUUUUUUGA